AGACCUGAGGGAGAGUUCAUGGGGGGUCACGAACGGAGGCCUGAAAGGGUCAAAAAGCCUCAGCAGCAGACCUCUUUGAGAUGCCACUCGCAACACACAACAUGGGCACCACCUCUCACUGUACAGAAAAUGCAGCUUGCUUCCCUGUUGCAGGUGUUUAAAUCCCAUGAGAGGGUUUGUCAUGUGUCAUUUGACCUCCAUGUUGAGCAUAAAAGACGCAGCAGAGACACAGAACAGACUGCAUUUUCACCAGAUAUCAGAGGGACAGAUCAACAAACUCUUCACGCUUGUCUACAAAAAUGGGAAAACAAAUGUUUGCACCUCGCGACACGAUCAUGGUCCUACUUGUGAUGCCCCUUCUCUUUGGUGCUUCUCGCUGCUCUUUUCUGCUGUUGCCAGUGGACUGCGCUGAUCUCCAUGACCACUAUCCAUCCAAGCCCAGUGGGGUGUACACCAUCUUCCCUGGGGGGGCCAUCUCCCCCCUGCAGGUCUACUGUGACAUGGAGAGCGAUGGGGGAGGCUGGACAGUGUUCCAGAGGAGGAUGGAUGGCACUGUGAACUUCUACAGGACCUGGGAUCACUACAAGAAGGGCUUUGGGAACAAAGAUGGAGAGUACUGGCUGGGCCUGGACAACAUCGUCCUGCUGACCAUGAGGAAUAAGAAUGAGCUGAGGGUGGACAUGGAGGACUGGGAGGGGGGAAAGGUGUACGCUCAGUACACGUCCUUCUCUGUGGACCCAGAGAGUUUCGGAUACACACUGCACCUGGGCAGCUUCAUCGAUGGAGGAGCAGGUGAUAGCAUGGAUAGGCAUGGUGGAAUGAAAUUCAGCACUUUUGACAAAGACCAGGAUGCAUCUGGUACCAAUUGUGCUAAAAGGCAUCUUGGGGGCUUCUGGUAUGCUACCUGUCAUCAUGCCAACCCCAAUGGGGUGUACAGGUUGGGGGAUGAUGCCACACCGGUAUAUAUUGGUGUUGAGUGGUACCAUUUUAAAGGUUAUAAUUACUCCCUGAAGACCAUCAGCAUGAAGAUCAGACCAGUGACCAGUGUCUAAUGAGACUCUAGAAAACUACACCUUCUCUCAACAGUCAGAGAGGUUAAAUAAGUUUAAAGAUUGAGCUCCCCCUCUGGCCUUAAGCCACAGCAGACCAGCAGAAUACUUACACUGUGUUUUGUCUGUAAUUUUUAA